AUGAAAUUAGAAAGUUGGUUGAAAGAGACAUCUAUACCAGUAGAUCAGCUUUUACAACGUAAAAAAAUAGACCUUAAUGUAUUUCGAGUUGAAGGAGAUGAAGAUGAAAUUGAAGAAGUUCCAAUUGAUCCAGAAAAUUAUUAUUCAAAAGCAUUUUUAGCAUCUCAAAGUUCGAUUUUUAUAAGAAAGAAAGGAAGAUUUUUAAGUAAAAUUUUAUGGAGAAUAGUCUACAAAAAUAUUCUUGAACUUAUUCCUGUUGAAACAUGUGAUCUGGACAUUUUUUCGGGGGUAAACUUAUGUAUUUUUUUUCCAUCGAGUAUUAAGUCAUAUGGCAUUGUUUUUAUAGAUGAAGAGGAUGUGGAUGAAUUUAAAGUGCAUGUUUUGACCCAGCAGAAUUUCUUUUAUACUCUUCGUUUUACAUCGGCACAUUUUAAUGGACAAUGUAGAUUUAUUGAGAAUACAUUUGAUUGGUGUUUUGUAUAUCGGUCGUGCUAUUUUGAUGUUAGAAUGCCUCAUUUUUUUGUAUCUAUUACAUCAAGGAAGGUAGUUUUUGCUUUGAAAGAUGGAGGUCUUCUUAUGUUUGAACAAAAUGAUCAAAAUGAAUAUAUAGAAAUUCCUUUUAGUGAUGGAAACUAUCUUUCUUCUUUUAAAGGAAUGUUUUUAUGGGGAAUAUCUAAAAAUGAUAAAUUAUCUUCUAAUUUAAUUAUUUCUAUGGAUGUAUCUCUUAUGUAUUCUCUUCUUUUUACAAUUAGUUUGGAUGGAAAAUUAAAAGUAUGGUCUUUAGACCGAAGAAGUCUUUUAAAAACAUAUAAUGCAUGGAGUGAUCAAAAAAUAUUUGAUCCACAACCAAGAUGUUUAAUUUCAAUUUUAGAGAAACCUUCAUUUCAAGGAUAUAAAUUUUAUUUAUUAACAUUUACUUCACUUAUAGAAUCAGGAUUUAUUUUGUGGGGAGGGACUCAUUCUGAAACAACAUUUACUGGUUUAAUUAGUCUAACUUCUCAUACACAUUUACAGAUGCGUUUACGUCCUCCAACUAACAAUUCCGUAUGGGUGGUUCUGAAGUUUACUAUUUCUAGUAAAUUUGCUAAAGAUGAAAAUGAUUUGCAAAAUAAUACAAAAUCUGGAUUAGUCAUUUGGGUUCUAUGGAAAAGUAAUACAAGUUCUAUUAUUCAGUACAUGAUAAUUGAUCCUCUUAAUCCAACAUUCACAAAUGAAGAAUGGAAUAUAUUAAUUCCUGCACACAAGUUUUUAUCAAAAAAGAUAUCUCCAUCAGUUAUUUUUGAAACAAGUCCUUAUGAUGUAUCAGAAUAUUGGUAUCGAAAAAUUUCAACACCUGGACAAUUUUCUUUAGUAACAAUAAGAACAGCAUUGGAAAUAUAUCAGUAUAAAAAUCAUUCGAAAAAUUAUAGAUAUAACAAUAGAAGAAAUGUAUCUUUUAAUUCUCUACAAGAAAUGAAAGACUCAGUAUAUAAAGAAAUAAAUAUGAUCAUUACUCUUCAGCGUGAUCCUUAUAAUGGGUUAUUACUUUUUGAUAAAUAUAGACAAGAACUUAAUGCUGAAUGGAUUCGAUUUUUACGAUUAUGUACAGAACUUGAAGAAUUAGGUUCUGAGCCUCUUGAUCUUAUUUGUGAUUCAACAACAAAUUGUGUUUUUGUUGUAAAAGCAAAUUCUGUUGGAAUAAUAAAUAAAUGUAUUUCUUCAGAAGUUAUAUAUUAUCAUUGUUUAAAUAAAAAAAGAGAUGAUCCUAGAUUUCAAAAAUGGUGUAGUUCAAAAGGCAAUUUAAUAUAUUCUCAUAUUGGGAAUGAUACAACACGUUUUGAUAUAGCACAAUUAUUUUUCAUUAGCAACAAAUUUUUGGAUGAUUUUUCUGAUAUACAAAUGUUAUUUAUUAAACAAGUAUUAGAAGAAGAAAUUAAACAGAAACAUUCGUUUUCUAUUGGAGAUAGAAUUUGGAUUCUUUCUGAUAGAAUAUUUGCUCAACAAAUCGAGGCAUCUAAAAUAGAUGAUAUUAAUAUGAUUUUUAAUGAUAUUUCAGAUCCUAUACUUGCAAUGACAAUAUUGCUUAGAUGUCUAAUUAACGACAAAUGUUUCCAGUUAAAUAUUUAUGUAAAACAAAGAUCAGCAUUAAGCUUAAAUAUGGUAACUUUAUCAAUUCAUCAAGCUACAUAUAUAUAUUAUGAUAUUUUACUACGAAUGUUAUUAAUUUUAGUUUUUAUUGGAUGUUAUAAUAAUAAUAUGCAAAAGCUUACUGGCUUUUACCAAUUAUUUAAUGACUAUCUCAGCGAAUUUAGAGAAUGUUGUUGUAUUCGUGAAUGUUGCUCACAUCUUUUAAAUAAAAUAGAUGAGACACUUAUAUCAAAUAAUAUAAGUAAUCAAUAUCAUGAUAUAAAAACAGUCAACAAAAGUAUUGAAAGACUUUAUGGAUUCGAAUCAACAUUAAGAUUCUUUUUACGUGAAUUUUAUAUUUUUAAAGAACUAAAGAUCAAUGAAAUGGAAGAGCUUAUUCAUAGUUCUCGUGUUUUAGGCAUAUUUAAAGACGGUUAUGAAAUGUCUUUUUGUACUGCAGCAUUAUUAUUUCAGUUUAAAUACUUAUCAGAAGCGAUGGAAAUUGUAUCUUGGAUAUCAUUUAUGCCUCUUGGUAUCUAUUUAAAAGCAAGAAUAUUUUUAGGUUUAAGAAUGUUAGAAAAAUCUUCAGCGCUUUUUAAAAAAGCAUCAGUUGGAAUAUGUACAUAUAUAACUCAUGCAACUGAUAUUAUUUUGAAUGUUUUAAAAAGUUUCGGGAUUUCAUUUAUUUCUAACGAUUUAUAUUUAUAUUUUAUACAUGUAGCAGAUAUUUAUUACCAGGAUGCAUUAUAUCUUUAUUCGGCAGAAUUUUAUGAAGAAGCUAGAAAAGUAGGAUUAGAAAAGUUGAAUUCUACUGAGAAAGAAGAUCUUUAUAGUAAAAUGUUUCAAGCAUAUAUUGACGCUAAAAUGUAUGAUAAUGCAUAUUUGACCCUUUUACAACUUCAAUCUUAUGAGAAUAAAUGUGAUUCACUCUACAAAUUAGUUGAUAUGAUGUGUGGAGAAAAUCUUUCUGAAAGACUUUGUGAAUAUUCUUUUCUUGGAUUGAGUGAUGAAUUUGAUUCAAUUUUAUAUUUUAGAGCCCAAAAUAUGAUAGACGUUAGAACUAGUCCAUGUUAUCAUAAAAUAUUAUAUUCAUGGAGAGUAAAACAAGGAAAUUUUCAAGGAGCGGCGUCUAUUAUGUAUCAUCGAUUACAAAAACUAAGAAGUAGUUCUUUAAUCAAAGGUGCGGGAAAUCAAGAGCAAAUUGAUAUUGUUGAAGGAUAUCUUGCUCUUCUUUCUGCAUUAUCUUGUGUUGAUGCGAGUAAUUCAUGGAUUCUUUACCCAGAUAUUAAAUCAACUUACCAUUCUGAUAAGAAAAUAAAAUACUCUCAUUCUGAAAAAGAUGAAAUAAAACAAAGACAGAUCUUAGAUAUAACUGCAAUUAGAAAAGAAUAUACGCAGGAAUUAAAGCGUAUGCAAUUUAUGCUCGACAGUAUUUAA